AUGGCAGCUCCCAUUUCUAGCUCCUCCUUCCUCAUGAGGUAUAUCAUUUGUUGCUCUGGUUUUCUAUGCCUAAUUCUGUGCUCUUUGGAGAAGGGCUUUGCCUUGGAAGAAAGAGAACAUGCUCACACAGUUGAAGUCAAUUCUCUGCUGCCUGCAACCACCUGCAGCCCCUCCUCCUCCUCCUCCUCCUCCACCAAAGGUCAUAUGAGCAAGCAUGCAUCAUCAUCAGUGCUGAAAGUGGUACACAAGCAUGGCCCAUGUUCCCGACUCAAGAAGCACAAAUCCAAAACUCCAACUCAUGCUCAAAUCCUCCAGCAAGACCAAGCCCGAGUCAACUCAAUCCACUCCCGAGUCAACUCCAAGAAGCAAUUCAAAAGCGUCGAUGAUCUACGCGAAUCGGCGGCCACCACCAUUCCGGCCCAGUCCGGAAGCGUCGUGGGAUCGGGAAACUACAUAGUCAACGUGGGCCUGGGCUCGCCCAAGAAGCAGCUAUCGCUCAUUUUCGACACGGGCAGCGACCUCACUUGGACCCAAUGUAGACCAUGUGUAAAAUCUUGUUACAAACAGAAAGAGCCCAUCUUCGACCCUUCUCUCUCCGCCUCCUACGCCAACGUCUCCUGCACCUCCGCCAAGUGCACUCAGCUGAGUUCGGCCACUGGAAACACACCCGGCUGUGCGGCCUCCACGUCCACCUGCAUCUACGGCAUCCAGUACGGCGAUCAGUCGUUCUCCGUCGGCUACUUCGCCAGGGAGAAGUUGAGCUUGACGAACGCAGACGUGUUUGAUGGGUUUCUGUUCGGGUGCGGCCAGAACAACCAAGGCCUUUUCGGAGGCGCUGCCGGUUUGCUCGGUCUCGGCCGAAACCAAAUCUCCCUUGUGGAACAAUCGGCUCAAAAAUACAACCGGUUCUUCUCCUACUGCCUCCCCUCCACCUCGAGCUCCACCGGCUACCUCAGCUUCGGCAAAGGCGGCGGAUCUUCCAACGCCGUCAAGUUCACGGGCCUCUCCACCGUCUCCCAAGGCGACUCGUUUUACGGCCUCAACGUCGUCGGGAUCAACGUCGGCGGGACUAAAUUGGCGAUUUCGGCUUCGGUCUUUUCUUCUUCGGGGACGAUCAUAGAUUCCGGAACGGUGAUCACGAGGCUGCCGCCGACGGCGUACAGCGCGUUGAAGGCGGCGUUUCGUCAGAGGAUGAAGAGCUAUCCGCUGACUCAGGCGCUCUCGAUACUCGACACUUGCUACGACUUCAGCAGCUUCAAAACGGUGUCGUAUCCGAAGAUUUCGUUCGUGUUUGACGACGGGCUUACGCAGGACUUGGACGCGACGGGGAUACUGUACGUGGGGAGCGCGGAUCAGGUUUGCCUGGCGUUUGCUGGGAAUGGGGACGAUAGCGACAUUGGGAUUUUUGGGAACGUUCAGCAGAAGAGGCUGCAGGUGGUGUAUGAUAUUGCUGGUGGGAAGGUCGGAUUUGCCCCUGCAGCAUGCCCCUGA